UGGUUUCACCAUAAGCCUCUGCCAAGGUUUGCUCACACUGUCACGCACCUUUUGCAACUUUGUAAGCAGCUAGCUAGGUAGCCAAGUCUUGAGAAGAAGCUCAACAUGGCAACGGAGAGAGGGAGGAAGCUGCGCCUGAUCAUGAAGACGCUGGACCGGUGCCGAUCGUCCUGGAAGAAGCCGCCGCCGGAGGGUUGCUUCACGGUGUGCGUCGGCGCGGGGCGGCAGCGGUUCGUGGUCCGGACGGAGUGCGUGAACCAUCCGCUGUUCCGGGCGCUACUGGAGGAGGCCGAGGAGGCGUUCGGGUACGCGGCCGCGGGCCCGCUCGUGCUGCCGUGCGACGCCGACGCGUUCGUGCGGGUGCUGGAGCAGAUCGAGGAGGAGGAGGCCGCGGCCGGCGAGGCGGUCGCAGCCGUGGCGAGGUGCGGCCUUGUCAGAGGGCACUCCGCGUACCGGAUGCUCGCCCCCGGCCGGCCGCUCCUCGUCGGCCGGUCGUAGCUCGAACGGCGAGGCGUGUUCUUGCCAAUCGCCAUCCGAACUAGUCUCCUCCAUGUGACUUAAUACUGAUAUUAAUCUUGUGUAAAUCAUGUAGAUGCCAACCGCGAAUCAGCGGUCUGUGCGUCGUAUAGUAGUUGACGAGAGGUCUUGAGCUCGAGUUUUUGUUGAGCAGAUUCUCAAUAUGUUGACGGUGAUGCGUGCUUCUCCGGUUCUCCCCCGUGUUGUAUAGUAACUGUUGAUGCAGGCUCAUUAUGAAUCACAGCAGCUUUUAUAAUGCUUGUCGUGGAAUUUCAGGCUA